UCACUGGUUGUGAGAUAGUAUUCACCUUGCUGACCAUCUCAGACUUCUCAACCCGUGUGAAGACCUUCGACUACGAACAAAGGAUUCCAGCACGAUCCGCAUUCAACAUCGUAACUGAGCCAGCAGUUCAUUCACAACCUUGGAAUCCAGAGACAUUCACGGCAGACAAGUCACAAACCAGGCCGACCGUCUAUAUAAUCCGAUGCUGUUUCCCAAAGAUCAUCAUGUCCCCAUUCCAUCCCAACCGCACACGCAAACGCAAUGGCCACCAUCGCAGGAACCGGGCGAUGGAAGAGGUGUGAGGCGAACAAAGUCCAUCGAUCAGAAGCCGAAGCAGCCUCCUGUCCUGCAUGCCAUAACGCCCUACCAACAGUCACAAGACAACGAAAGCCUGCUGCCAUCCGUCACAUGUCGGCGACAAAUUCCACCACGAAUAUCGACGACCAAGCCCCCAUCAUCCCUGACUCCUGGCCCUCUCCUUCACCCUCUGGGGCCACGACCUCAGACUCUACCUUCAGUGCAUUGCUUGAUUCACCUCCACUGUCACCACGCACUCCGCUCCCAACAUCGAGUGCUACGGCCAACGCAUACCCAACCCCCCAGCCGUCACACACGAAGUCACUCUUCGGCGCCUUCCAACCCGCCGUGAGCCCCACGCCAUCCUUCACCGUUCGGGACGAUUCACCUUCACCCGGCCCUUCACUUUCACACACCGGCAACUUCUUCGCCAACCUCUUCCGCCAGACUUCUCAAUCUCCAAACCACGAAGCAUACUUUCCAACAUCUGAGCGCCGCAACGCCAUCGCGCCCGAAAUUGACGGGUUUCAAAACUUCGAGCACGACAUCAUCCAACAAGGGCAGGAGGAGAGUACAACGCAGCCCGACAUCCUUCCAGAGAUGGCAACGAUGCAUCCACAAGUAAACACACCAGCACUAGCACCAACAGCACCACCUCCCAUCUCCGCAACCACAGACCUCGCAACCCUCCACGCAACCCGCAAAACCCUAACAACCAACCUCCAAGCCGCAACAGCGCUGAUCAACCGCCUCCGCACGCGCGAAACCUUCGCCCUGCAAGAGCGCGACCGGGCGCGCGAAAAUGCAGCAGCGACGCGCGAGGAGUUGCAAGCGCUGCGAGCGGAGCGGCGCAGGGAGUAUUUUGCCUCGAUCAAGGUGCGGUGUGUCCUGGCUUUGAUUGUGGUGGGGUGUGUGUUGGGGCUGCUGAAUGCGGCGAAUCGGUGGUUGUAUUGGGAGGAGUUUGAGUGGGUGCGGCGCAGGACGGGGGAGGUGCUUGGGAUUUGAAGGGGAAGAUGGGGAGGAGUGGGAAGUUGAGGGGAUCGGAGGGUUGAGAGUGGAAGGGCUGUGUUCCUGUGUGUCAAUGCUUGUCUUUCUGCUGCGUUUUGUACGAAAGGAAGAAGGGAGAAGAGAGAUAGCGAUCAAUCAUGCGAUUCCAUACCAUCUACUUCCCUUUCCAUCAAGUACUCAGAACAUAAUGCUACAUUGUCCCCCAUCACCUCUUGCCCGCCACCUUCUUCUCCUCCACAGGCUUACACCACAACCACAAGGCCACAAAAGCCACCCACCCCGCAAUCGUGACCCA